GAAAUUUUCGGCAACCUGAUUCGUGGUCACAAACGGGAGGACCUCGCAACCCUUUCACCUCGACCACCAUCAUGCCUCGUCAAUCUCGUGGACGUUCAUCUGCUCCUGCUUCUCGUACAACGGCGCCUGCAGCUCCCGCUCAAUCUCGGGGUGCUCAUACAGCUGCAUUGCCUGCUCAUGCAGCACCAACACACAACCCUGCACACGCACCGGCCCCUCCAGCAACUGCAACCCAAACUCGUCAACCAGGAAUGCUGUCUCAGAUGGCUGCUACAGCAGGUUCUGUCGCCGUUGGUUCAACCAUCGGACAUGGAAUCAGUAGUAUGUUGUUUGGAGGUGGAGGUGGAAGUUCCGCACCGGUAGAGCAAGCGCAAGCGGCUUCUGCUCCUGCUUCGACCGUACAGCAAUCUUCCGGUAUCAACUGCGAACUUCAGGCUAAGGAGUUUACGAAGUGUCUUGAAAAAGCCGACCUUCCUUCUUGCACAUGGUAUCUUGAACAACUCAAAGCUGUGAGUCGUAGUCUUUUGUAUAGUGACCACGGAUGUUGACUCUGGACUUAUUAGUGCCAAGCUGCUGCUGCACCCUACUAGACGGUUUUUUGUGGGAACAAUGGGUAUAGAGCACACUAUUGCUACUAUAUGGUCUAUGUCAAUCUUCCAUCAAUGGGAGUUUGAAUAGUUAGCCUACUAGGCGCGCUGCCUAGGCUGUUUGUACUCAAACCUUGAUGUUCUGCUCAUUGUCAAUAGGGGAAUUCAAAGUUGAUUUCGAACGCG